ACCAACCAAUAUAUCAAACUAAUUAAUAACAGCUUCAAGUUUUUUCAACUUCUUCAGCCAUGGCAGAAUCAGACGAGCACGAGUCCACCUUCGGCUCCGUCUUCCCCCCUUCGCUAGUCUAUCUAACCCCAUUCACUCCCUCAGCCUCGCCUUCGCCGCGCCGACUUUCGAGCUGCUUCACGCAGGCCACCAAGCCGAUUCGAGCCAAACGUCAGCUGGCUUGGGUUUCUCUACAAGGCCGGCUCGUCGGAGCCGAGGAAGCCACCUCCGCUAAAUCCGUCGAUAGGAACGGCGCAUUCAGCCCUAGAGAGGCGGCGGCUUGGGAGCUGUUUACCCCCAUCCAACGUGUCCUGCUUGUCGCUGUUGUCGCGGCCGCGGCGGCUAAUUCGGAGAAGAAUAGGCGUAUUUUGAAGCUGCAGAAAUCUGUUCAACUUAGGGAUCAAGUGCUCCUAAGCAUGCAACAGAAGCUGGACAAUUUAUGUCAGCAGGUGGAUUAUUUCAAAGAUCAGACGGAAUUCGUGUCUGCCGAUGAUGAUGUCACUGUCGCGCAAAGGAUGAACUGCAGUUGUAAGCCAUGCCAACAUCAUAUACAACCACCAGACGAUGUCGUUUUGGGGAAUAAGUCUGAAUCGAAUGGAGAUGAGGUGUUUAAAUAUAAAUAUAAAAUGCCGCUUGAAAAUAAUGUGGUUGAACCAGAUGAGCGUCGCAUGUCUGAUUUGUCGGAUUGGGCUCCUAGUGUCGCUUCUUCGGUUGAUAUUCAGUUGGACAAUUUCGUAAUUGAACACGAUAUCCGUAACCUACAGAAAGAAUGCGAAGAGAAAGAUGCCAUCAUUAAGAAGUUGUCUACUUCUAUUCAGUCAUCUCAAGUUUCUAGUUCAAAGAGGAACGUGGAAUUGGAAGAUAUCAUCCGAAGGAAAAAUACGAUCAUCAACAAACUGCGAAAAGACAUAAUGUUUCUCGAACACAAGGUGAUGAACCUAUCAAGACUCCGAAGAAGAUCUUCAUUCUCGGGUGUAGCAACUGCAAGUCCAGAGCAUCCUCCCUUCAUGGCAGAAAACGUGCUUUACGACAUGGAUAACACAACCAGUGCUUCUUCUGAUUCGGAUAGCUCUCCAGUAUUUAAAAGUCGAGAAAUCUGUGUCGAAACUAACGAGAAAGCUAAACUCGGUCAGCUGAAAAAAUCCUGUGUGAGAAGUCCUCUAAAAGAGCUGCCGUUGAAUUGUCAAACACCUAAUACAGUACUUGAUUUGAAACCGAAGAAUAUUUCGAGUGGAGAAAAUAGAAUUAGGAGACGACCUCCUCCCAGAUCGAAGGAAGUAAAUGCACCGAAGAGAUGGCUCUAAGGAAUCGACGAGGGAUGUUCGAUGUCAGGGGAUUGCAAAUAUAUAUAUAACUAUGUAGGGAAGUUUAAUUUAUAGGCAAAAAAGCUGCAGAAAUUUUAGUAAUUUAGCUGAUAAAUACAACAUUUAGUUGUAUAGGUAAUUUCUAUGUCAAUUGUCAUGGUACUGAAUUUUUAUGUUUA